CGGUGUCCAUGUUCUCGAGGACGACGAGGUCAAAAAGGGGCACGAGGUAGACAUGGUCCAGCUGGACCACCAGGACCUCCUGGACAGGCAGUACGUAUAUAUACUUUACUAGAUAAAAUGUACACUCUGAAAACACUCUGGACCAGAGUGCUAGUUAGAGUGUGUGAGAAAUGUGGGAACAGAGAAGCUGAAGUGCUUUGGUCAUGGGCGAGUCUAUGGCUGGAGUACUUGUGGAUAGCGGGAUACUGCAAAUUUCACCCCCCCCCCCCUCCAGGCAAAGGGGUACCCACCAUGGAAAUCCACCAGAAAAUAACUAGCACUGAGCAAUGUUAACAGCAAACGUGGUCAGUGUAAAGUAGCGAUGAAUUCCCAUUGAAAAAAUCAGUAUAGUCUCCCAGUGAAGGUAUAUGUGGAUGAGAAUUAAUAGUUAUAGAUACUCAUUCAUGUUCGCUCGUUAAAAACGCGGGGAAGUGGUGGCGUUAUGGAGCCACAAGGCGUGUAACAUAUCGAAACAUGAACUGGUAUGCAACAUACCUUUAACGCCGUAGCUAUCCGUUUAGCCCCUUGAUAUAUAAAUUUCAUUGAUUGCCACAAUGCAGUAUUGGAUGUGGAGCAGAGGCGUAACUUUGUGCUGAAGGCCCCCCCCCCCGGCUUUAACUGAAAUAAAGCCCAGCCCUUGUCCUACCCAUUUAAAGUGGCGACGGGAGGGGGGGGGGGAAUACGUCAAAAAGACGGAAAAUUUGCUAGAAUAUAUAAUUUUAGCAGAUAAUCCAAAAACUGGAAUACAUACAUUUUCCCCUGUUCAGGGCCCUCUAAAUACCCUAAUUGAUUUGGACUGAGCCAGGCGGCGCCCAAAGAAGUUACGCCACUGAAGUGGAGCAAUACUUGUCCAUUGGGACAUGGCAUUUUGUUCUAUGUGUAAAUGUUCACUUAACAUUUAAGCCACAAAAUUAAUACUAAUUGUUACCACCAGCUUAGGGCCAUCCCAACUAACGACUGGGGCAACAAUAAUUAACAUUAAACCAAGAAAAGUACCAAAACUUUAUAAAGAAACAUGAAUAUAUUCCAAACCAAAACACACUAAAACUAUAUUUUUGUCUCUCGAGCACACUUUCAUCCGGGAAUCUUCGGGGCUUUUCCCCGGGAUCCCGGGACCCCGUACGCGUUUGUAUUUCGCAUAAUAAAUGAAAUAUGAAUAUUCAAAUCAGUCUGAACAUCCUCCCCCCGUGAUCGUUGGUCAUUAGGAGUACGAUCACUCCUCGAGUGUUGCAAUAUUUGUUGCUGGUCUCCUGAAGACUCCAAACUUCGUUUUCACAUCAACACUGCGUACUAUCUUGUCAGAACCUCGGUAGACUUCAAUAAUUCUUCCCCAAGGCCAUGUGCCACGCGGAGUAGAAUAAUCCACCACAAUAACCAGAUCUCCAACUUUAAGAUUCGGUACGUCUUGCGUCCACUUUGCCCUUUGAACAAGAGCAGGCAAAUAUUCUCUUAACCAACGUCCCCAUAAGUGAUUUGUGACCACUUGCGCUUGUCUCCAACGCUUACGACUCGAUAUCUCUUUAUCAACGAAUACACCAGGCGAUAAGUUUAUACUAGGACGUCCUAAAAGGAAAUGAUUUGGCGUAAUCGCUUCCAUUGCGUCAACAUCAGAGCUAACUUCGGUCAGAGGGCGACUGUUUACUAAUGAUUCCACUUCUGCCAUUGUAGUUGCCAGGACUUCAUCGGUCAACACUUGUUUCUUUAACACUGCUUUGAAUGUUGUCUUACACGAACGCACUAGUCUCUCCCAUGCUCCUCCCAUGUGUGGUGAUGCUGGGGGAUUGAACACCCAUUUUAUUCCCUUUUGACUAAGUUCGUUAGCGAUUUGACUUUGAUUCCAAUUUUCAAUACACUCCUUGAGCUCCCGAUCGGCUCCCACGAAAUUUGUCCCAUUAUCCGAAUAGAUGAGUUGAGGAUUACCUCUUCGUUCCACAAACCUUCGGAGACACAUAAUAAAAGAGUCAGUUUCGAGAGAGAAUGCUACUUCCAAAUGGACCGCUCGAGUCACGAGACAAGUGAAGAGACAAAUGUACCUUUUUAAAUGCUUUCUUCCAUAUUUCACGUGUAGCGGGCCAAAGUAAUCGACGCCAACUUUCGUAAAGGGAGGACUCACCAACAGCCGGUCGCGUGGUAAAUCAGCCAUUCUCGGUGGACGUGGCACGGUACGGCGUAGUUUGCACAACCAACAACUAUGAAGAUUCUUCUUAACCGUGGCUUUACAGCGAAGGAUCCAAAACUGCUGUCGAAGCUCGUUUCGAACAUUGUCUACUCCCGCGUGUCCAAGCUUGUUGUGGGUAUCCAUGACAAUUAGUUUGGUUAGAUCACCACUAGAAUCCAAUACGAUCGGAUGCCGAGUAACAAAAGGUAUAGCAGCCUUUCCAAUGCGACCACCAACGCGUAUUAUGUCAUCUUCGUCUAAGAAGGGUGUCAAAGAUACUAAUUUACUUUGCUUGUGCACAGGACGUCCACGUUUAAGCUCUCUAAAUUCCGAAGUGAAUGUUUUAAUUUGCUCUUGGCGAAUCAGAGUUUUCUUUGCUUUUUCGAGUUCUUCGACUAACGGACUACCAAACGUUCUUUCAGACACGGGUACUUUGCAGUUACGCAGAAAUCGUUGUACAUACACCAUAACAGUCAACGCGCGAGAGUACGAAGAGUAUCUGGCAAGGUUAACUAGUUCUUCCGGUUCACUCUGAGUCGUCACUUUUCCGGUAAACUGCACAUCGCUUUCAGUAACAACAUCUGGAAUGUUAUCGUUGACCACUCGGUUUGUAACGUCUUCCGGCCAUUGUGACUCAUCAAGCAAAAGGAACUCGGGUCCCGUAAGCCAUCGACUACUUGUCGUAAUGGAUAAAACUGGCAGCCCUCGAGUACCAUCGUCCGCUGGGUUCAACUUGCUUGGGCAGUAAUGCCACUGACUGGCUUCUGUCGCAUCCAAAAUCUCACUUAGCCGAUUUGCGAUAAAUGACGGGUGUCUUGUCGAAGUUCCACGUAUCCAAUGCAGUACAGUUGUGCUGUCAGACCAAAAGUGAAUCGAGCUAAAUUUGUAGUCAUGCUCUUUGAUAAUCACACUCGCUAAUCUCACACACAGGACUGCAGCUUGCAACUCGAGUCUCGGUAUGCUUAACUUCUUUGUUGGUGCCACGCGAGUUUUUGCGAUCACGAAAACACACUUUACUGAUCCAUUGUCAUAUUUAAACCGUAGGAAUCCAACCGAGCAAAACGCUAGUUCACUGGCGUCCCCAAAGAUGUGGACUUCAAUAUCUCCUGGGUACUCAUCAACCUGUCUAUAGAAUCUUGGAACUGAAAAUUCCCUGAUCAUGAGCAACUCCGCUUCCCAUAGUUGCCAUUCUUCCAACAGAUCUUGUGGUAGAAUGUCGUCCCAAGCCAAUCCAAGUUGCCAGACUCUUUGAAGAAGAAUUUUUGCUCUCACCAAAAAUGGCGCUAAGAAGCCAAGAGGGUCAAACAGUGAUGCCAUAAUACUAAGAAGUUGCCUUCUGGUUUGCGCUGAAGGCUUUUUCUUGACAAUGAACACAAAAUUAUCUCUUUGUGUGUCCCAACCAACACCAAGUGCUCUCUCGACAGGCAUGUCCGUACACUCGUUCAUUGUCUUAACAGAUACAGCUCGUUCGGUUUCCGGUACCUUCUCAAUUACACGACGAUCGUUGGAAAUCCACUUUGUUAGACGAAACUUUCCCCUCUGGCACAGCUCAACCAAUUCAUUGCAAAGCUUAAUAGCUCUCGUUACCGAAUCAACAGACUUAAAGAAGUCAUCCAUGUAGAAAUUACGUUCAACAGCAGCGGCUGCAUCAGGAAAUUCGUGUUCGUUAUCCUUGGCAUUUCGACAAAGUGCAUAAUUAGCGCAGGUAGGAGCACACUUAGCUCCGAAUAUAUGCCUUUGAUAUUGGUAAGUUUCUGUGUCCGAGUCAGUAGAAUCACGCCACAAGAAACGUAGUACCGUUUGAUCCUCUUUCGGCACAGCGACUUGACUAAACAUUGCUUCAAUGUCCGCUGAUAAUGCAAUCUUUUCUUCACGGAAUCUCAUAAAAAUUCCCGUUAAGGAAUUAAGUAGAUCAGGACCAGUUAUAAGAUGAUCGUUAAGUGAGGAUCCUUGAUAUCUACAAGCAGCAUCGCAAACUCGUCUAACCUUUCCAGGCUUAUUUGGAUUCAAAACCGGAUGAUGCGGUAAAUACCAUUGCUUCUCUUCAGUAGCACCUUCAUUAAGAACAAUCCUUUUAACAUAUCCUUUCUCCAGGUCCCUAUGGAUAGUCUCUUUGUAUGCUUCAGCGAGGUUCGGAUCACGUUGUAAUCGCCUUUCCAACAAUGCAAGGCGAUGUUCAGCUACUGUUCGAUUAUUCUGCAUAGAUCCACCAUUCUUCUUCCAGAGGAGUGGAACUUCAUAUCUACCAUCGACUUUCUUUGUUGUCUCUUCCAGGAUCCGCAUUGCAUUCUCAUCUUCAACCGACCUUUGGGUUUCCACGUCAUACUUGCAUCCAAAUUCCUCAGUACGCCACCACAACUUUACUUGGUUGUGAAGCUCUUCAUCAGGUGAACGAACAUAAGUAUGGAAGAUACCCUCGGAUGUCCGAAUAUAACCCGGAAGAGGUCCAGUUAUCGUCCAACCAAGCUUUGUACGAAUUCCAACUGGAGUUCCUCUAGGACCACAUCGUGUCUCAAUGGGUAAGAUAAUGUCUAGACAGUCACUACCAAUAAGCAACGAAACAUCACAACUACUCGCUUCCGGUAUGUCUAUUUCCUUUAGAUGCGGCCAUUUAGACUUUACAUCCACCAAGUUCACCUUCUGCUGGGCAAUAUUCAAGUGCUCAACAACCAAUGCUCCGUUCACAUCAAAACGUGGUGUCACCAUAUUGACUGCACUUACUUGAGUAUUAACUCGUCUCGAAUUCAGUUCAGAAGUUCCCUGAAUUCCAUUCAAUAUAAUUCGUUCCUCUGAACCUUCCAAACCAAGCUUUUCAGCAACACUAGAUAAGACCAAACUGCAUGUACUACCACUGUCCAGCAUUGCAUGGGUGUUCAAAUAUCCAUUUGGACCAUGUACAGUGACAGGUAUAACCUGGAGUAAGACCGGCAUACCCCUUUUGACCUGCGAACAUUGUUUACUUUCAAACGUUGCUCCAAUGUUCUCUUCUCUUUCAGGUGGUUUAUUUCCAGAGCCAGGUUCCUUAUUUUCCAUUCUGUGUAAAAGACUGUGAUGAUAUCCUUUGCAUCCAUUUAUUUGACACUGCUUUCUUACAGGACAUUUGUUUGACCAAUGUUCCUUACUUAAACAGCAAAAACACAGUCGAUGUUUCCUAACUUCCACAAGUCGGUCUUCGACAGAUAAACUCUUGAACUUCGCACAUUCACUAAGGCUAUGUUUACUUCCAUCCAACAUUAUGCAUGAUAAUACAGUUUGAUUUUCUCCUCUAUUUGAUGGGCCAUACUGCUUUUGGUAUUUGCUCUUGAAAUUCUUCUUUGAUGACCUUGCACACUCAUCAUAAAUAUCAGCUUGCCCUUUGAGCCAAUCUGAAAACUGGCUCAAGUUUGGACGGUCUAGUUUGCCAUCCUUGACAUGUUCUUUCCAUUUUAGUAGCAGUUCAUUUGAUAACUUGUAUGUAGCCAACGACAGGUUUGCUUCCGCAUUAAGAUCACUCACAUAACCAAAUCUUGACAGCGUCCAUACAGUAGUUGACACAACAUCAGAGUAGCUUCGAACACUUUCUGGAUCAUUAUCUUGUAAGCGAUUGAAGGUUCUCAACUUACCAAGAGUGGCUUUGAUGACUAAUGAUGGUUUACCAAAUCUGGAUUCCAGCUCAGACAUUGCUUUGUUAUAUGAAUCACCACUAUAGCCAUACCCCUCGAUUGAAGUCUUAGCUUUACCCGUAACUGAGUUCUGUAAAUGUUGCAUUUUGGCAUUUAGGGAUAUGUUUGCAUCACCAACCAUUGAUUUAAACAUAGAAGACCAAUCAGGCCACUUAAGAGAGUCCCCAUCAAAAGUGGUUAAUUUUAAUCUUGGCAGAUUAUUAGAACUGGGUUGAACAUAUAUACUUGGUACACUAUUUCCACUAGGAAGUUUCUGACCAACUUGACUGUCUAAUGUUCCCUUAUGAGUAGUAUUUUCAGGAACUUUCACUGGUGCUGAUUUUUCUGUUAUAAUCCUCAGAGGACUUUGUUGAUGUACUGUUGGAGGUUGUUCUUUAUCAUUUGUCUCAUUUUCAAAGUCACGUAGUCUGUUUGACAAACUUUCUGGGUUGUCCUCUUCAUUUUCCAGGAUCUCUGCUUCCGCCCUUAGACGCAUCCAUUCAUCCUUCGCUUGCUGGACCUUUCGUCUUUCUUCAGCCUCGAGUUUUGCUCUUUCAGCUAUUUCUUUAGCCAUAGCUACAUUUUUUUCAAGUUCUAAUUGUUUUUCCAACUCUUGUUUUCUUUUCUCUUCUUCUUCCAUUAAUUGUUUAGCUUUUAACUCUGCGGCAAAGGCUUUCGCACGAACUUCAGCUCCUUUUCCACUUGAUUUUGAACUACAUGUCAUUACAGAUUUUGAGCUAAUUAAAUUCGGUAUUUGCGCACUUUCUUGCAUGCCAGGAAAUGUUCCUGCGACUGAGGAUACUUCAUGUAAGCGCCCCUCAAGAUGACUUUCAGCCUCUAAUUUGGCAUCAUUGACUCUUUCUAAUUGUUCUUCAUACCAAAUUAAAACAGCUUCAUGCUCACUUUCAUGUACCAGAGUGAGAAGUUGAGUAUUAAGUGCCUCAGCUUCUUUUAAAUAUUCAGAUAAAUUAUUCACAUACCCUUUUAUUAUUGUUUUGCUACCAAAUUUCGCCACAAGUCCCUCCAAUUUACGUAAAGUUGUAGUUAUUCUCCUCUUAACUACCGAUCUUUUACUUCGAAUACGUGUUUCUUCCAACGAAACGCUACCAAAUUCACUUUCAACCACACGAUUUGCCUCAGAACCAUGAACAGACAUAUUUAUAUCAUACAAAUAAUUCCACUAUACCAAUUCAAUCCGACGUAGAAGGACCAUUUAAUGUUACCACCAGCUUAGGGCCAUCCCAACUAACGACUGGGGCAACAAUAAUUAACAUUAAACCAAGAAAAGUACCAAAACUUUAUAAAGAAACAUGAAUAUAUUCCAAACCAAAACACACUAAAACUAUAUUUUUGUCUCUCGAGCACACUUUCAUCCGGGAAUCUUCGGGGCUUUUCCCCGGGAUCCCGGGACCCCGUACGCGUUUGUAUUUCGCAUAAUAAAUGAAAUAUGAAUAUUCAAAUCAGUCUGAACACUAAUGUUUGCCAAUUAUUAAUCGUUAGGGAACAGAUGGACGUGAUGGCCGGCCAGGAAUUCGAGGACUACCAGGAACGGUAAGAAAGCCUAACUUUUAUCGCUUUAAAAAAUACAAAAUAGGAAGGAGAUUGCCAGUGGACGUCCCUACUUUAACCCAUUAAAGCUUCUUCUGCCACGAUUUCACAUUCACUCGUAUACACCUACUGAACUUCAAACACCAUUUUUCUCUUUGGCGUACCAUUGGAAAUCUCUUCAUUUUAGCAUUGUUUUACAGAUAAAGCACUAAACAUACGUUCUAAGUUUGUUUGCCUCUUGAGAAAUGCAUAAGAAAUUAAAAAUUUUGAAUGCAAUCAUAAUCAAUUAAGUGGAAUAUAUACUAUAGUUAAAAUACAAAAAAACUCACAAAAUGUAUCAUAAAAUAUAUAUUCCUUGCGAAUUCAAUUUAUUCAUUCUAAUCUUUUAUAUCUUCACAGACUGGUACAAUUGGUAGAACGGGAAUAAAAGGCAGUACCGGACCUACAGGUCCGUCAGGACCAGCUGGACUUGCUGUAAGUCAUGUUGAUUUAACUAUACGUUACACUUGAUAACUUAGUACAUAAAACUACACUUUACUAACAUGGGAUAGCUCUAUCAUAAAUUUUGUUAAACCUGUUCUCCCUAGAAGUGAUGAGAUACCGGGGCGGAUCUAGCCUCAUCUGCAAGGAGGGGUGCAGGUUUUCCAUGGGGUGGUGCAUGAGGGAGCCUUACUGCCCACUCUCCUCUGCAGUCUGCAACGCUACUAUCCUAACAUUACCGCCACUUGAGAUGGCCGAAUCUGCAUGUUUGCCGUUCUGUUACGUUUUAAAUUAUAUUUUAUUUAUAAAGUUUAUAUGGGCUUUUAAUAUCAUGUAUGCGUGACUAGACAAUUUUCCGCUUGUUAGAGCACACUAGCACAUGUGGUACGUAUAAUUGAAAAUGUGGCUGUAUAACAACCUCGACAUAUUUACAUAUUUCACCAUAACUAAAGCAUUCUGAGUAUUUUCUCGUGAGCUCAGAAUUACACAAAUCAAUUAAAUCGUUUCAAGAAAUCGACACGCGCUAACAGCAGAAGUUCCGCCGAUCGUAACUCGAACAGCAUAAAAAAUGUAUGACUAUGGUCAAGCAUGCAGAUUCUCUUAUAUACAAGAUUAAUUACAUGCAGAUUAUUUUGCAAAGCAUGUUUUUUGCCAAGUAAAAAGCGUUAUUGUCCGGUAAAUGCCAUGAUUCAAGUGUUUUUCUGUGCCAAUACUUGCUUUUGUCAAUUUACAAUUAUUUUCCUGCUAUUAAAAUCCAUUUUAUGGUUGUUUGUCCAAGCGCGUGGUUAGCGAUAUUUGAACUACUUUUAUAUACAGAGCUCUACAUUUCUCCUGUGCAUGCUACUUUCGCCCAGUGUUGAUUGCUCUACCAGUCUGAUCAAACUGCAGAGUUAAUCUUGUAGACAACGUUAGAAGACUGGCAGUAAAACUGGGCAACUAUAGCUACGCCUCAUGUAAACAACAUUAAAAAUACAUCUUUAUUUCUAGGGACGAGAUGGCCAACCGGGCCCGCCAGGUCCACCCGGAACAUCUGGGACAUGCAGCCAACUAAGCACAACCACGGCACCAUCAAACAUCAUCAGAACAUCAUGCCUACCAGGUGCCCCAGGACCCAGGGGAGAACCGGGCAUAACCGGACAGACUGGUCCAACAGGCCCAACCGGACCACCGGGUGACCGAGGGAGCGACGGGAAGGCUGGGGCCAAGGGCACAAAAGGCAAUAAGGGGCCGCCUGGUACCCCUGGGAAAAUCGAGUCCCUUCGAUGUAUCGUGCAUUUUACUCAGUGGUUUGACGAGACCAAAUGGAAAAGCUUGACACCGGAGAUUGGUUGUAAAGGAAGCUCGUUCUUACAGAAAUUCGCUUUGCAAAGAACAUCGCCAAACAUGAGAUAUAAAUAUACGUGCUGCCAUUUUCAAUAA